UAUGCUAGUUACAUUCAGUAAAAGAAGAAACAUGAUAAAAUUGACAUGAUGUUAUCUGGGAACAGUAAAACGUUUUCAGAACUGAGAAAUCGAAUAUAGUGUUACAAUGUUAAUUACAGUGACGUAUUUUAUAGGUGUUUUUAUAUUUUAAAUAAAUGGGGGAAAUAGUUUCGUUUUAGUGUAAUUUGAAUAAGCAAUUAUAACAGCGAACAUACAAAUACCAACCUUACCAUGUAAUAACUAAGAAAACAAUACAUUCUGAAAAGAAUAUCACAAGUACCCGCCACAAACCAAUGAUAACUUUUAUAAAAUUGAUGAAAAAAAUAUUAAAUUCCAAGAUCGUCCCCCAAACUCCCCCAAAGCCCACUGAAGUGGUAGUAAUAUUGACAAAAACAGGCGUGAGUGGUAGCAUUGAAUUCAAAACAAUUCAAGAUGGCCAGCGUUUGUUCCGGGUGUGAAUGCAACUAUUUCGAGUUCAUUCAGAAAUUCUACAAAAACAACGAAGCCGCCAUAGCGUAUUUACGAGAUCAUGGAGUGUUGCCAUUGGAGGUCAUCUGCCCCCGCUGCAAGAGCACGUGUCAUUACCGAGAAGACAGACACACUUGGUAUUGCGGCGCCUGGACGAAGAUCCCUAAGACCAAGAGGAGGAGACAGUGCUACUACAGCGCAAGUGAUUUUAAAGGCUCCUUCAUCUCUGGUGCCAGAAUCGAGCCGUACAAGAUCGUUUGUUUCGUUAAUCACUGGCUGAGCAAGCAGUGGGAUAAUGAGAUCGUGAAGCAGUGUCUGGGCCUUUCGAAUGUCACCAGGAUAACAUGGCAGACGAAUUGCGCUGAGGUGACCGAGCAUUGGCUGGAUAAUCAGGAGCCCAUUGGUGGGCCAGGCGUUGUGGUGGACAUAGACGAGACCUUGUUUGGGAAGAUGAAGCACGAGGAGGGCAAGUCGCAGAGCCAGAUUUGGGUGUUUGGUGGCAUUGAGCGCGAUAGCAAGAACUACUUCAUUUCCCCGCUUGAAGAACCAUUAACUGAGAAUCUGAUGUCAUUGAUCCUGAAAUAUAUUCUCCCAGGAACUGUCAUUGUGAGUAACAGGUGGAAUGCGUACAGUGCCAUUAGUGACCAUGAUUACGUUCAUCAGGUGAUAAACCACUCAGGGGACUUCGUGGACAAGGAAAACGCCAAAGCCCACACUCAGAGUGUUGAACUAUUGUUUCAUGAUGUCAAGGAAUGGACCAUGAAACCUGGCAGUCGCCCACACUUUUACAAACAUUAUUUAGCUCGGCUCCUAUUUCAGCAGCAGCACACCCAUAGCAGCAUCAAUCACUACUUCUUCCGUGAGGCUGCAAGAAUGUACCCACCAGACUUUGAAACAGAAGAGCCAUCUCCUACUUCAGAUGUAGAUGUCAAGGAGGAAUCCAAUGAUCAUGAGAGCCAGGAAUCCGAAGUGUCAGAUUAAGAUGGAGGAAAUGCAAGAAACGCAGACUGAGGAAAAGGCAACUCGGCAAGAGUGUCGAGCAGAGUUACGUGAAAGAUUCCUAUGGGCCAUUACUUCCUUGGUAGGGAAGGAAGCAACUAUCAAUAUGCAUGAAAAGACACAUGCAAGUGGAAUAUUCCGUGGUAUCGAUAAGGACAUUCUGAGUAUGCAGAUUCAGGAUUUGAAAACCCCUUGCAUUGUCUACCCGCGGGCAAUGAUACGUGUACCUGACUGCAUGACAUUGCAUUUCAAGUUAUAGCACUUGUUAUUGGCCCUUUACCUGCUAGUUAGAUAUAUAUAUAUAUAUGUAUUUGUUAUAUAUAUUUUUUAUUAAAAGAUGAAGAAGUUUA